AUGCUCCUCAAGCCCACCAGUGGUACCUCAACACCACACCUUCUCCUUGUUUUCGCGCAGAUCUUCUUCCUAUCUUCCUCUCCCUUCCCCCUGCGCAGGCCUCUAGCUAUAACAACGCUUACCGGACUUGCAAUCUGGGCACAGUUAAGCCCAUGGACACACAAUCCUGGCACCGCUAACUUCGCCGCUCUUGCCUGGCCACACUGGCUUGCCACCAUUGAGAAAUUUCUCAAUCACACGCCGAAUCCAGAAUCCGCUCUUUGGCCUGUGGACAAACAGCCCGGUGUUGCAUUGACAUGGCCGGCUUUUGGAUGGCGCAAGCUCAAAUGGUCUGUCUCGCUGAUUCUCAAUCUGCGAGGUAUCAGGUACAACUUUCAGGUCAAAAAUGUGCCCAAGACGAGGUUUUGGUCGAGUGAGCGGACCGGCACGUUGAGGUUUUUGACCUGGCAAGUCGUCGAGCUGGCGUUGUUCAUGCUCAUGGGAGAUCUGGUAGCCCAGUUGAGUAUUAGACUAUUUUUUCCAACACCUGGUUUGGACAGUAUGACGCUUACGAUACGUGAUGCAAAUUGGACGGCGAGCUUUGGGAAGGCUUUGGUUUUUGGUGCUGGCCCCUAUUUCUUUAUCAAUAUGCAGUAUAUCUUGGCUUCUAUUGUAUGUGUUGGAUUGGGCAUCAAUAGGCCAGAGGAUUGGCCACCUCUUUUUGGCCGUCUAGCAGAAGCUACGACUGUCCGUUCAUUCUGGGGAAAGUUCUGGCACCAAAUGAUUCGCAAGCCGCUCUCAGGUCUCACAGGCUCCUUAGUUGAUGCUCUUGGCAUAACCCGCGGAACAAAUGCCUCCUCAUACACCCAACUAUGGAUCUCCUUCGCUGUUUCCGGCUUCAUGCAUGCGGCUUCAAUGACGCUGAUGCCGUGUCCCGCAAAUAUUCCCGAAUGGCAUCGCUGGAGAGGUCUGCUGCUGUAUUUUCUAUGGCAAGCUGCGGCUAUCACUAUUGAGGAUUUUGUCAUCUUCACGGGCCAAAAGUUACUGGGCGGCAUACAAACAAGAAAAAAGUGGGUGCAUUGUUUGGGAUACUUAUGGGUUACCUGGUCGUUCUGGACAUCAUUGGCAUGGGCAGCGGAUGUAUUGUUGAAAUUGAGAAUGGGAGAGACCUCACCAUUCCCUGGCACUUUAUGGGGUCCAUUUCUAGAUCAAAUCCUGGCUUAG